CGUGUCGGUCCUGUGGCUGUGAGUGUCAUUGUUCUGACACAGAUCGAAAAGCGAGGGAUGACUGCUGACGGCCAGCGCAAGUCAAGUCUGUUUCGUUCACUCACGGCACAGGACAAAGAAAAAUACUUCUCAACAGCGUCUUUUUGGAGCAGCCCACUCAAGGACAAUUUUGCCGAAAUCUUUGUCGAUUUAUGGUGUAUUGGGCAAGGCUAUGCAAUGAUGCGGACAAGAAUAUGACUUACUUUGUUUAAACAAAUGGAAGAUCUAACGGUUGCCCACCUCACUGGAUAAACUCUACUGCCUCGUUAAUACAACCACUUGCUUGUAAUUUGUCUGCUUCUUGUUCGGACGUAUCAUUAGGGAAGCAUUUGUUUUGUCCGUCUUGACGAUUUCAGGCUAAAGGUACUGGGGCGGUGAGGAAGCUAAGAUGGUUCAUCAGUUUUCACCGAAUCGAUGUUCGCCGUUGGUGCUGUGUGUGUUGACUGUCCUGGCAUGGAGUUGGGGUACAGCCAUGGCGGGUCGGAGUUGCACCGAGACACGACAGGUGUAUGGAGAGAAGGGUUACAGCCUCAAUACUGCCCCGCUGACACAGAUAUCUGGCGAACACCUGAAGCUUUGCCCCCAGGACUACACCUGCUGCUCCAGCCUGAUGGAGGAAACACUCUCUCGUCAGAGUGAGAGCGACUUCUUGUCCGCCAUCAACGACAGCAGUCAGUUCCUCCUCACCUCAUUCACUCAGAGGCACCACAAGUUUGAUGAGUUUUUCAGAGAGCUCACUGACCUGGCAGAAAAGUCUAUGAAACAGAUGUUCACCAAGAUCUACGGCCUCCUUUACACACAGAAUUCACAUGUCUUCCAGAGCCUGUUUGUUGAACUCCGUCACUACUACUCUGGGGGCACUGUGAGCGUGGAGGAGGUUCUGGCUGAGUUCUGGUCUCGGUUGCUGGAGCGACUUUUCUCCCUAGUCAAUCCCCAGUACCAGUUCAGUGAGGACUACCUGAAGUGUGUCAGCAAACAUGCGGAACAGCUUAAGCCUUUUGGCGACGUCCCUCGUAACCUCCGCAUACAGGUGUCCAGGGCUUUCAUAGCAGCCAGAGCGCUUGUCCAAGGCCUCGCCACUGGUCGUGACAUUGUGAGCAAAGCAGUAAAGUUGAACGUUGGAUCUGAGUGUGUCCGUGCCCUGAUGCGCCAGUGGUACUGCCCUCUCUGCCAUGGGAUCCCCACCCUCAAGCCCUGCCACUCGCUAUGCCUUAAUGUGAUGAAGGGUUGCCUGGCCAAUCAGGCUGACUUGGAUUCAGAAUGGAACAAUUUUAUUGAUGCGCUGGUGGUGGUAGCUGAUAAGCUGGGAGGUCCCUUCAACAUGGAGCUGGCUGCUGACUCCAUUGCUGUCAAGGUGUCAGAGGGGAUCAUGAACAUGCAGGAGAACCUCCUCACCAUCUCCACCAAGGUCUUCCAGGAAUGUGGCAGGCCCCGGUCUGCCCCGAGCAGAUCCAAGCGUUCCCCCAAGGAACAGCGUGGAAACCGAAGGCCGGUCAGAAACAGCCCAGAGGAGCCCACCACUGCCGCAGGCACCAACCUCGACUGCCUGGUGUCAGAUCUGAAGGAGCGCUUGCGCCCCAUGAAGGGCUUCUGGGUGUCUCUGCCUCACACCAUCUGCAAUGAUGACAAAAUAGGCGCUAACGUUACCAACGAGGACCGCUGCUGGAACGGACAAAAUCGCGGACGGUAUUGGCCGGACGUGACAGGAGACGGCCUGGUCAGUCAGAUCAACAACCCAGAGGUGGAGGUGGACAUUGCCCAGCCAGACAUCAGGACCCGUCAGCUCAUCAUGGAGCUCCGCGUGGCCACCAACAGCCUGAGGCAUGUGUUGAAUGAGCCGCAGAUAGAUGGACCCGCCAGCUAAAACAUCGAUCCUGAUGCAUCUCAUGCUUGAGUCAUGUUUGACAAACCUAUAACAAAUGUAUGCUUGCUGAAAACUGCUUUAAUAGUGAAAUGUGCUUACAUAUUGUUUGAAAAAGGUUUUCAUGCGAACACCUGUUGUAGAACAAUGGUUGUGUUUUAAGUAUGCUGAAAUAUUCUUGAGUGUCUAUUGAAAUGUGCAAGUCAGAAAAAGCAGGAAGUUUACCCAAGAGGCCCUGUGUGAUGCACACAAAUGUAUGAAACGCAGGAUGGCGGUGGAAACAUGCUUGCUAGGGGAGAAAAUGUAUGCAACAUAAAAAAAAGAAAUUUUUUCAGAAAAUCUACUGCAAGAUUUUAUGACCGAAGGCAAGUGUCUGUGGCCUGCAGGAUGCAGGAGGUUAUAAAAAAGCGAACACACCCGUGUUUCGCUCUCUGGGGUUGGUGAUUUGAUCAUCUUAUGUUAGAGCUUUGAGAGAAGAGUUAGAUUCCCACUUUGAAGAAGUGGAGUUUCUUUUCAGUUAGAAAGUUUAAUUAAACGGGAGUAACCUUUUGAGUUUGUUAGUAGUUAAGUUUUUUUGUAUCUUUUUUGUCCACUUUGUAAUAAAACUUUGGGGAGUUUGUUAAUACUAAAACCUCGUUUCUGAGUCCUUUAAUGGAGUGAGUUCUCUCCCUACGUCAGUGACACACCUCCCUUUAUACACAAAGUCUGAUUCAGCAGCCUGUAUUCGGAACUUAAGAGAGCCAGCUACCUUCGGUACAGAAAAACCUGACGACUGCGUGGAAAAGGUGAGUUGUCCCUCUCGCUCAUUAGAAAGGGAGUACGUUUAGUUGAUCUCAGAGUGCAUCCCGAGGUCCCUUCUUGUAUCCUGGCUAGCACAUACAAUAGGGCUUGAUAUACUGGCCAUGGUUUUCCGAAUUUAGUCUUGAAGAGUCGCGCGGCCUAUAACCGCGAGGGUUGACUGUGAGGGCACGAGAAAGCCCGGGCGUCGAAAAGCACACGGUAAUCUUUGUAGGUGGACACAACUAAGCGGAAUCUCUAAACAUGCACAAGCCUCCUCUUCUCCCACCUUGUUGUAGUACUUGAAGAUGUCGGAGGCGGCGUAUAGCUCCAGCACGCCGCAGAGGGUAAGCCUGCAGUAGGCGGCCAGCUGGCUCCGUCUGAGCUGCAGGGAUGUGAUCUUCCUCACCUCCUCCUCCUGGUUCCCCUCCUCCCCUGAUUCACACAAAAAAAAAAAAAAAACAUCAGCAACAUCAUCUGCAUCUAAUGUGACGGCUGAGAUUCAGGUUUUGUAGUGGGGACGUGUGCCCUUCCUCCUCCAGAUUGUCUUCCUCACAGCCAUGGCAAACACAAAGUAACAGAUAAACAACAACAACAACAGGGUUUUUGAAUUUGAAUGCAUCCUCUGCUCCCUCAAAGUUCCCCUCCUUGCAGCUACGACUACUAAAAAAUAACCAACUAAUAAUGUAACAGAAUAACAUGUGAUUCAAUACAUACAGUACAUGUAUUCUGUUCCUUUAAAAAGAGGAGGUUUUCUCAUCUAUUUAUACUUUACUAGCCAUUUUGUUGAAGAGGUUGUUAGUGUAUAUGUACAAGGCACAUUUCAAUAAAGUUCCAAUAAAUGGUGAUUCUCUCAUGUUAAACGACCAGAGGAGAAUGCAAAAUGAACAUUAUCAGGGAGGUUGAAGCAAAUGU